UUUUCCUUGUAUAAAUUCUGCCGUAAGUGAUACAAAGAAAUCAAUUCAAUUGAAACCAAAAACCUUUCUUCUCAUACUCUCAUUUUAGCAAUAUUGAUAGGAGAACAAUUGCCUCAAAAGUGAAUCAGAAGUGUGCAAGCUACCUCUCACCGUAAGUGAAUCAGAAGUGAUGGCUGCGAAUAAUGUGAGAAAUGAAAAUGAAAUAUUAGCAUCCUCAAUUCAAGCAAAACUUCACCAGCAGUCCCCAUCACGAGCUGAUCAUUGCAUAUUUAGAAUCCCUCAUGUGCUGGUUAAGGGUAAAAAAGAAGUGUAUGUUCCACAUUUACUUUCAAUUGGACCAUUUCAGCGUGGAUUGCAGUUCCAAACCAUGGAAGUGAUUAAAUCUUGGUCUUUGCAUUGCCUUCUUGAGCGAAAAACAACUCCAACUACUGUCUUAGAGGAUUUUGUCGGAGCCAUUAGAGAUAUGGAACAAGAUUGUCGCGAUUGCUAUGAAGAAAAUAUUGAUCUAACCAGUGAUGAGUUUGUAGAAAUGAUGGUGGUCGAUGGUUGCUUUAUCAUUGAGCUCUUCCACAAGUUUUCACGACUGGUGCCAAUCAAGAACGACGAUCCUGUGUUCCAUAGGCCAUGGAUGCACUCGAUCCUCAUAAAUGACUUGCUUCUACUUGAAAACCAGCUCCCUUGGAGAGUUAUUGAAUGUUUGUUUAACCUCACACGGGAACGUAAUGCAGGUAAGAAGUAUUCACUUUCCGAGCUUACUCUAAAAUACUUUGAAGGGUACACCUUGGGGAUGCGCCAACAGGUCGGUGAAGAAUUGAAAGGCAAGCAUUUGCUUGACUUGGUAAAAAUCUCUUUGCUCCCAUCAUGUGCACAACCAUUGUUUGAAUUUGAAGAGCACUUAGAUCAGACUUUUUCUUUGCGUAUGCCCUCUGUGACAGAGCUUGUAGAGUCAGGAGUUUUAUUUAAACGUGGAAUUGGAGAGGGCAUGUUCAAUAUAAGCUUCCAACAUGGAGUGAUGAAAAUUCCACCGAUAAGAGUUCAUAAGAAUGGAGAAUCUCUGUUUAGAAAUCUCGUCGCGUAUGAACAGUGUGAAACAGCCAGUAUAAUUACCUCUUAUGCCGUGUUGUUGGAGCAACUUAUUACGUCCGACAAAGAUGUAGAGUAUCUCGCUAAGUGUGGAAUUAUAGAAAACGUUUUGGGCUACGACAUAUCCUUGAUUUUUAGAAGUCUUUCCAAUGAUGUUAGGCCGCCCAAUUGUUGUUACCGGAGACUCUAUUGUGAUGUGAACGAGUAUUGUGGGUUUCCAUGGAACCGCCAUAAACGAAUGUUACGAACAUAUUUUAAAAAUCCGUUGGAAUUGGUGAAUUUUGCGACUGCUGUCGUCUUAGUUACAAUAUUGACCUUGAUACAAACAGUUUACUCCAUUCUGUCUUACGAGAAGCCGCAGCAGUAAGCCAGCCAGCUUCCAGUCUGCACUGUCCUCCUGUAAAGUUGGAAACUCUGUUUGUAUUUGCUUGUGUUUGAAAUAAAGCCAAUUGAUUGUGUGUUUUUGCUUACAGUUGUGUUUUACUGCCAGCUUCCAGUUUGCAGUUUUGAUUUACUGUCUUUGAAGUCGGAAUCUCUGCUUUGUAUUUGCUUUUGUUUGAAAUGAAGCCAAUUGUAGAAUCUUUCGU